AAAAAUACAAAACUUUAACUUACAAACAUAUUGCUAAACUAACCAAGAUGGACAAGAUAAUUAUCUGCAUCAUUGGCUCCGGGAACUGGGCAACGACUAUUGCCCGAAAUGUCGGCAGGAAUGUGAUGAAUUCGCAGACACUCGAGGAAAAGAUUCCCAUGUAUGUUUACGAAGAAAUUUUCGAAGGUCGCAAGCUCACGGAGAUCAUCAACACCACCCACAUAAACUCAAAGUACAUGCCAAACUUCGAACUGCCGCCAAAUAUUGUGGCUGUGGAUGACAUUGUGACCACAGCGAGGGAUGCUGACAUCAUAAUAUUCGCCAUUCCCCCGACUUUCGUCAGUAGCUGCUGUAAAACUCUGCUCGGAAAAGUCAAGCCCACGGCUCAUGCAGUUUCCCUCAUCAAGGGAUUCGAGCGCGGAGAUGAUGGGCAAUUCGUUCUGAUUUCACAGAUUAUUAUGAGGCAGCUUAAGAUUCCCUGCUCCGUCUUGGUUGGCUGCAAUUUGGCCUACGAACUGGCCCAUGACCACUUCGCCGAGGGAACAGUUGGCUGUCGGGAUCAGAAGUAUUUUCGAGUGCUCCAUGAUAUCUUCAAGUCACCCACUUUCCGUGUGGUGGUCACUGAGGAUGCAGACUGCGUGGAGAUCUGUUCCACUUUGAGGAACAUAAUUGCCUUUGCUGCUGGCUGCUCUGAUGGAAUGGAGCUUAAUGAGAAUACCAAAGGAGGAAUCAUUAGAAGAGGAUUCUUGGAGAUGCUCCAAUUUGUGGAUGUCUUCUAUCCUGGCUGCCGCAUGGGAACCUUUUUCGAGUCGUGUGGGAUUUCCGAUUUGGUUACCAGUUGUUAUGCCAAUCGAAAUCGCAAGCUGGCCGAAGCUUUUGUGAAGACAGGCAAGCCUCUGAGUGAGCUGGAGCACAUUAUCAUACCAGGACACGAGCCUCUGGGUCCCGUGACAGCUGAGCUAGUGCAUCAUAUGCUUAAAAAGAAGGGCUUGGAGGAUAAAUUUCCGCUCUUCACAGCUGUGUAUAGGAUCUGCACUGGAGAUUAUCCGCUGCAGCGCCUGGUGGAAACUCUAAUUAAGGCACGCGAGGACAUCUUCCACCCACUGCACACUUUCCAACUGUGAGGGAAUUCAUUAAAUGUGUGUAAUAAAAUUUAAAUAAAAACCAGAAUAAUGCAACCAAA